CGGAGCGGGGCAGCUGCGGGGCACGCACCGAGGCGCUGCAUGAGGAGUUUGCGGACAAGAUGCUCUCCCUGAAGAAGUACUUCACGGAGGGGCUGAUCCAGUUCACCAUCCUGCUGAGCCUGGUGGGGGUGCGCGUGGACGUGGACAGCUACCUGAGCGCGCAGCUGCCGCCGCUGCGCGAGAUCAUCCUGGGCCCCAGCUCGGCGUACGCGCAGGCCCAGUUCCACCAGCUGCAGAACACGCUGCACGGCUAUGGCGUGCACCCCAAGAGCGUCGAGCUCGACUCCUUCUUCAGCGCGCGCCGCCUGCUGAGCCAGGUGCGCGCCCUGGACCGGCUGCGGGUGCCCAGCACCGAGCUCAGCGCCUGGCUGGUGCACCGCGAGCCCGAGGCGCCCCAGGACGGCGGCGGCGGCGCCGAGCGCGACCCCGGGGCCGAGCAGGGCUUCGGGGACGAGCUGGAGGACCUGGGAGCCGUGGCGGCGCCCGCCAACGGGGACCUCACCAAGGAGGACAUCGAUUUGAUUGACAUCCUGUGGAGGCAGGAUAUUGAUCUCGGCGCCGGGCGAGAGAUUUUUGACUACAGCCACCGUCAGAAAGAGAGCGAAGUGGACAAAGAGCUGAGCGAUGGGAGGGAGCGCGGGGACAGCUGGAGGAGUGCAGGGAAUGAGGUCUUGGAUAGAAUCCCGCUAGUUGAUGGAGAGACCGGGGAGAGUUUCCCUGCGCAGGUGCCCGGAGCGGAGGAUCAGACAGCCCUGUCCCUGGAGGAGUGCCUUAGGCUGCUGGAGGCCACCUUCCCCUUCGGGGACAGUUCCGAGUUCCCAGCUGCGGAUGUCUCGGCCCUGAGCGAGGCCGUGCCCGGGCAGAGCCGGGCCCCGGGCGGCGCCCCCGGCCUGCUGUCCCCUCUGCUGGCCGAGACCGAGUCGCCCUUCGACCUGGAGCAGCAGUGGCAGGACCUGAUGUCCAUCAUGGAGAUGCAGGCCAUGGAGGUGAACAGCACGAGCGCCGAGAGCCUCUACGGCGGCACGGGCGGGGACCUGCUGGCGUCCAACUACAGCCUGGCCCCCGGCACGCCCAUCAACCAGAACGUCAGCCUGCAUCAGGCCUCGCUGGGCAGCUGCUCCCAGGACUUCUCGCUCUUCAGCUCGGACAUGGAGAGCCCCUCCAUGGCGGGCGGCUCGGCCCUGCUGCAGCUGGCGCCCGACAACUCCACCGGCCUCAACGGCACCUUCGGCUCCACCAACCUGAGCGGGAUCUUCUUCCCGCCCCAGAUGAACGGCACGGCCAACGAGACGGCCGGGCCCGAGCUGCCCGACCCGCUGGGGGGGCUGCUGGACGAGGCCAUGCUGGAUGAGAUCAGCCUGAUGGACUUGGCCAUCGAGGAGGGCUUCAACCCCGUGCAGGCCUCGCAGCUGGAGGAGGAGUUCGAUUCCGACUCAGGUCUUUCCCUGGAUUCCGGCCGCAGCCCCGCGUCCCUGAGCAGCUCCGAAGCCUCGUCCUCGUCGUCCUCUUCCUCUUCGUCGUCCUCCUCCUCCUCGUUUUCCGAGGAAGGCGCCGUGGGCUACAGCUCGGACUCGGAGAACGUGGACUUUGAGGAAGCGGAAGGGGCGGUUGGCUACCAGCCAGAGUACAGCAAGUUCUGCCGCAUGAGCUACCAGGACCCGGCGCAGCUCCACUACCUGCCUUACCUGGAGCACGUGGGCCACAACCACACCUACAACAUGGCCCCGGGCGCCCUGGACCCCGAGGAGCCCAAAGCGCCCGGCGCCGGCAAGAAGAGCGGCAAGGAGAAACCGUCGGAGCUGCUGGACAAGCAGCUGAGCCGCGACGAGCACCGCGCCCGGGCCAUGAAGAUCCCCUUCACCAACGACAAGAUCAUCAACCUGCCCGUGGAGGAGUUCAACGAGCUCCUGUCCAAGUACCAGCUGAGCGAGGCCCAGCUCAGCCUCAUCCGCGACAUCCGCCGGCGCGGCAAGAACAAGAUGGCGGCGCAGAACUGCCGCAAGAGGAAGCUGGACACCAUCCUCAACCUGGAGCGCGACGUGGAGGAGCUGCAGCGCGACAAGUCCAAACUGCUCAGGGAGAAGGUGGAGUUCCUCAAGUCCAUCCGGCAGAUGAAGCAGAAGGUGCAGAGCCUGUACCAGGAGGUGUUCGGGCGGCUGCGGGACGAGCAGGGCCGGCCCUACUCGCCCAGCCGCUACGCGCUGCAGUACGGCAGCGACGGCAGCGUGCUGCUGAUCCCGCGCGCGCCCGCGCCCGCCGAGCCGCAGCCGCGCCGCCCGGAGCGCAAGCAGAAGGACAGGAGGAAGUGAAGGCGGCGGCGGAAGGGAGAGCUGGGACGAGGGCCGAGCCUGGAGGUGCUUGCGGAGGGAACUUUGAUGCCUUCUUAUCCGAUCCUGUCUCCUGGGGCCGCGCGCGGCGCCGGCGGCGCCGGGGACUCUGCGGGAGCGAGCGGCCGUCCCCGAGCGCGGGACGGGGCCCAGCCCGAGCCCAGCUGCCACCGGCCACCCCCGGGGGCUGGGAGAGCAGGGACGAGCUGGCAUCGCUGCUGGGGAGGUUGGCACGAGGUGGAUAAAACAAAAAAAAAAACCACAAAAAAAAAAAUCCCACAAAAAAAAAAAAAUACAAA